AUGGCGGGAGAGGCCCGUAGCCGGGUACUGGCUCAUGGGUUUCGACGCACAACGUCAAAUCGUUCGUUAGCCUCUUUACCAUUAUCUCAUGCCUCAACGUCAUCAGUUCUUAAAUCAGAAAUGGUCACGAAUCCUUAUCCUUUGAAGGGUCGUGAAGUAGUGUUGGACUUGGAAAAUAGGAAACAGUAUGAAGAGCUUCGGAUAGAUAUCAAAAAGCUCGGCGGUAAGAUCGUUGAAAUGAUCAACGAAGAGCGCCUACCUUUUGUUGUUAUAUCUGACCAUCCUAUGGCUGCUUGGUUGGAAGGAAUGAAGGGGACCUACAAGGAAAAAGAUGAGCGGAUAAAGAAAUUACCGAUGCUCCUCAAGGAUGCGGUUCAAAAUCGUGUGAAAGUGCGCUCACUGAAGACCUUCCAAGAACAGUUCUCCCGUUUUAAAGCACGAAUAAAUGUAGCAAAGUCUUUAUCAAAAGCUCCUCAAAAGCGGUUACCUACUAAGGUUGACGAGAAAGAUAAGCGUGUUCGAUUAUUACGGAAACCUUUCAUUAAAUGGCAGGACGAGCAGCGACGUUAUGCUCCGACAUACAAGGAGUGCCCAACUCCGAGGUGGACAACUGUAUACCUUGGAGCUGCUGCUGGAAACUGUGUAUUUCGACGAGUUACCGCAGAACAAUUGGAGAGGAGGAAACGGCGAGAAAACCAAGCUGCUAUAUCUCCUGAAAACUCAGAUCCUCCUAGCUCAGCUGGAAGAGAGAAAGAAAAGGAAAGAAGUGGAAAAUCUGGAAAGGACUGGAAGACUAAUCGAACUGUAAGAACACCUACGAAUAAAUUCUGUGAUCUAUGUGGACGGGGAUUCGAGGAUAUGGAACAGCACUAUGAAUCUAAAGAACAUGCAACAACAGCUACAAGACCCGGUGUAUACGACGAGGUUGAUAUGUGUAUUGGAGCAGUCGUAGACUAUGUUAUUUGCCCAGCCGCUCCACCUGUUGUACGAUUACCUGAAAUCAUCCCAGAAGAAGAUGAACCCCGGUAUCCAACAGAUGGUACGUGGGAUUACGAGUACAGUGAAGGCAACUACGAGUGUACGUUGUUAAAUAAGAAGUCAUAG